CGGUGCCAAGAUGGACUCUUCGGAGGCCCGGGAGCGGCUCCGGCGGCGGUACCUGGUCCCGCUGGACGCCGAGGCCCCGCUGGAUGGCGAGCGCGACGCCGAGCCGGAAACAUCUAGAGCUGCUGAGAAAAAGGAAAAACCACUUCCAAGACUUAACAUCCAUUCUGGAUUCUGGAUUUUGGCAUCCAUUGCUGUGACCUAUUAUGUUGAUUUCUUUAAAACCCUUAAAGAAAACUUUCAUACUAGUAGUUGGUUUCUCUUUGGUAGUGCCUUGUCGCUUGUCAGUUUAUCAAUUGCGUUUUACUGCAUAGUCUAUCUGGAAUGGUAUCGGGGAAUUGAAGAGUAUGAUGUCAAGUACCCGACGCUGAUACCUAUUACAACCGCUACUUUUAUUGCAGCAGGAAUUUGCUUCAACAUUGCUUUAUGGCAUGUGUGGUCGUUUUUCACUCCGUUGUUGUUAUUUACCCAGUUUAUGGGGGUUGUAAUGUUUAUCUCACUCCUUGGAUGAUUUCUGAAGUUUCUGAGGAUGGGAAAUCCAAAGUCCAUUUGGUGGUGCCGACAGUCACCGAGGGGUCUCACAUUGCAAGAUGGUGGAAGUAACGAGAGCGUGCCAAGAGUAACCUCCUCAUUCACUCUCUUUUUAAAGCCCUCAGAACCACGCCCCUGACAACCAUUAUUAACCCAUUCACUACUGCAGGGUCCUACAAUCCAAUCACCUCUUCAAGGCUCCACCUUUCAAUUACCAUAAUAGGAUUUCCCACCCUCUUAACAGUUACUGUGGGGCUAAGUUUCUAAUACUUAAAACUUGGGGGACACAAUUCAAGCUUAAAAGAGUUUUCAGGGGGACAUAAUUCAAUCCAUUACAGAUAAAUAGUAUUUGUACCUUCCUAUAUAGAUAUAUUCACACAUUAAACUAUUUUAUAUUGAAGUCAACUUCCAGCAACUUAUACACAAUGACUGUUGGCUAGAUUGUUCUUAAGGAAUGGGAAUAUAGGAAGAAUGGGCGAUUUUACCUAAUUCAGAAAAAAAAAAUUCUGCCGUUUUCUAACUAUCCUGGCUGCCUCAUAAAAAUUUGAUGGAUAACACAUCAACUUUUUUCUUCUGUGUUAUUUAUAGAAUUUCUGCUUCUUCACACCCCACCCCACCCCUAGGCGCGGUGCUUAUGUGGUAGAGUCUGUAUUCUGAGUGUCAGAUAACUCAUUUAUUCAAUAAGUGUGUAUUCAGAGCACUCUGUGUGCUUGCUGAGGGGCAUGGUAAAAAAGACAAAAGUAGUCCCUCCUUUCAUGUCACUUAUGUCAGAACUUGGAAGAAAUCUGCUUCGUAUAGCAAUUUACAGAUAUGGAAACUGAGGCCCGGAGAAGUAAAUGUUAAUACACUAAAUUACUGGGGUGUUAAAGAAAACUGACAUUUUAGCUAACAGCAUAUUCUCCCUGUGGGAUUUUAAGGGAAAGUCAGUGUAACCGUGUAAAGAAGCAGUGGACAUAAUCUCAUUGUUGUCAGUCUGAAAAUAGUUGCUAGCACACUCAUGACCAUGCUGAUGUAUAAAGUGUCCUUCAUACAUUGCGCUGUGUCUAAGGACCAUUGGGACUCCUCAGCACAUGCCCUAUGUCUCUGUUUACAUGUGUCGCCACAAGGAGCUCAGGGCUCCUGAAUACUCAUGCAUCUCAGAACAUUCCCUGUCUGUCUGACCCUUUCACCCACCCCUCCCCUUCUAAUGUGGUUAAAUCUUCUUUGGCUAUUUAGUGUUGAGUUUUUACUGCUGACAUGACUUUACAGUCGGCAAUGGAGAACCUAGAUAGUGUUGUAGAGCACAGAUUUUUAGUGCUUUUUAGUGUUCAAUUCAGUAGCUUAAGAUAGAAUGUUUUAUUUGGGACAUAAAUGCUGGUUU